AUGGCUCUGCGCUGGCUCUUGGCGCUGCUGCUGGCACUGCCCGGCGCUUGGGGGACCUGCCCGCAGGCGCCAAUUUUCGUCUUUGCGGAGCUCACCACGACCCCCCAGGAAUCCUACCCCGUGGGGACCCAGCUGAGGUACCGCUGCCGCCCGGGGUACGUGAGGAACGGGGACCAGGCCCCCGUGGUCACCUGCCUCCCCAACUCCACCUGGUCGGAGCAGCCCGACUUCUGCAUCGGAAAGUCGUGUGGGCAACCAGACAUCUCAAAUGGCAACUUUCACACCAGCACCAAUCUGCUGCUUGGAGCGACCAUAACCUUCACCUGUAACAUUGGGUACCGACUAGUUGGGCCACCAACUGCACAGUGUGUAUUUAAAAAUGGUGAAGCUUACUGGGAUAACAUUCCAAUCUGUGAGAUUAUUGCCUGCCCACCACCUCCUGAAAUCAAGAAUGGGCAGCUCCUUGGUGGGGAAGAAUUCACCUUUGGCACCUCUGUAAGUUACAGCUGUAACACUGGUUUGUCUCUUAUUGGAGAUGUCACAAUUUACUGUACAAUGGGCCCUAACUACCAGGGAACCUGGAAUGCUCCAGCCCCUGAAUGCAAAAUGGUCAGCUGUGAAGAUCCAGACGUGAAAAAUGGGAAAAGGUUGUCUGGCUUUGGCCUUGAGCACACAUAUAAAGAUACAGUGAGCUUUGAGUGUAAUCCUGGUUAUAAAAUGAAUGGUAGUAGUGUAGUUACCUGUGAAGCAAACAGUUCCUGGACUCCACCUCUGCCAACAUGUGAGAAAAUGGGAAAAAACCCCUUCUGGAAAGGAGUAAACUUCUUCUCUUUCCUUAGGUAUAAGGUAAUAAACCCUUCUGCCAAAUGUGUGGCAUCAGGAAAUGGAGUUCACUGGGAUCCAGCACCUCCCUACUGCUCAAGAGCAAACAUGAUCGUUGUUGGAAUCUUCCCCCUCCUCCUGGCAAUGCUGAUCAUGAACAUCUAA